AUGGAUGAUCACUACGAUAGACAGAUGCAGGAAGAUAAGUCGGUAGAACUGAAAUGGGAGUCCGAGAAUAGCAAGAAAAGACGAUAUACUGCAAAACGUGCGUUUUUAGUCAAUGAUUCACAUUGUUCUGCACCGUCAUCAUCACCGCAUUCAAGCCCGGUUGAUGCAUCAAUGCUCACUGACUUUAAUUCUGGUGAAUUAAACGACGCAGUUCGAACAUACAGUCGUUGCAAGAAUGAUACACGACCAGUAAAAUCAGAAGAUGAAAAUGGAGACUGGUGGAUACAGCUUGAUGAACUGUCAGCACGAGAUGAGGAAGACGAUUCGCCUUUACUGAUUCGAACAUCAGUGAGUCCAGUUUUUGCUGAAUCGAUGAGUUCCAAAAGUGAGUUAGAAGAUGUAGUGGAAAGUGUAGAGAGCCCACAGAGUAAAGUUGAUUUGGAUGAAGAUGGCGAGCGAACACCAUAUCCAUCAACACCAUCGAAACGCCAAAUUGUGGCUUAUUUUCAAAAAUUCUGUAAUGUUCCAGAAAUACCACUGCCAUCAGUUUUUCAUAAUAGUCCAGCUGGUAGAGCAAUGUCAAGCUCAGCUCCAGCAUCUACCGUCGGGUCGUCAUCUUCAAAUAUUGGUGAUCCUCUACAGCGGCCAAAUACCUUUGACGUUAAAACAUCACCAUCAGCACAUGCUGAGUUAAAUGCUGUUGCAAGUGAGAGACCAAAAGAAUGGGAGGAUUUCACUGAAUUACCAUCCGGGAUGUUGACUCGUUUAUUCGAUCAAUUGCAUCGUGCGAGGUGGAUAGUACCAGUGUUACCCAAUCAAGAAUUGGAAGGACUGAUGGAAGUUGCAAUUGUGCUUAUAAAACGAGGAACUGAUAAGACAUCGAAAUUUUUCGAAGGUUUUCUCGAAAAAGGACUGCAAGUUGCUUUCGAUAAGUUGAUGAAUGACGAGGCAAUGAAAGACUGGAAGAUCGAAAUUCAUAGGUUCAUUUGGCUAAGUGUUGCGCGAUUCCUCAUUAUGUUUACGGAGAAAAUGCGGCAAACACUUGCAGCAGAAGAUUUUCAUCACGCUUACUGGAAAAUACUGCAAUACGUCUUGUCCAGCAAUAGUCGUUUUCAUAUGCAAAAUUUUGGACGCAAAGCGGAUUUCUUGCAAAUGGAAUUUGAUCCAAAUGAACUGAUACGUUACACUUCGAUUAACACCGUUGAUGAAGUGUAUCAGAGAGUUUUACAAUUGUGGCUUUUGCUACUGCUAAGUUAUUUCGGAAAGAUUGGUGGCUUCACAUUGAUGAAGAAUUUCCUGGAGAAAAAUGUUCACGAAACAACAAAAAUUACUGAUUUUAUCGAUUGGCUUCGACCAUUUGCUUCUUGUUCACUCCUGUUAAAACCAACACUUAUUACAGAAACUUUUGGUCCAACCAUUCAAGUAGCAUUGGCACGACUAGAGCACAUGGACGAUAAGGAACUGAAAUGCGAGACGAUAAAAGGUGAUUUGAAUGAGUCACCGUACGUUGAAUUGGCAAAAAUAUUACAAAGCCUGUUGCUGAUUAAUCCAGAAAUGAUACAUCUAGGACGGCAAAUGCAGUUUUUCUCACUGCGAUAUAUUUUACGAGUACUUCAAGUAGCACCUUUUGCUGGACGUAUAGCAGCUUUAGAAGAAUUACAUAUGGUUUUGCACAAUGUGGCGUCAGAAUUUCGACAGCAAGAGUUAGUAAUUUCGAUGAAUGAUUUGACAGAAUGGCUGAGAAAGCAACAUGUUAUCGAAAUAUUAGUUCGUGAUAAUUUGCAUCAUCCGUCAUAUUGCGAAAGAUUAGAAAGAGUAUUUCGGGUGCUACUGGAAAGAAAUGCUGUAACAAUUGAUGAUUUGGAUAUCCUAUGGAAUGUACAACGUGAAAAACAUGAUGUCAUUCAGCGAAAUGUGCAUGACCUAAUAGCGAAGUUGGUUAAUGGAUUCAGCAAUGUACUGCAAAAGCAUUUGUUUGAACGUAUGAAGGAAAGUUGGACAAAGUCGUCUUCAAGACAACGAACACUUUUGCUUGAUCUUAUACGUCGAAUUGGCGUCGAUUUCAAUAGUCUUACUGAAAAGGAGUUAACUAUAAAAUCUCUUUCGCUGCUAUGGGAUUUGUUCCAUGAUGAGCGGUUACCUGUGGAAAUGACUGACGCAGCUCUGGAAGCGCAUUUCAAUGUAAUAGAAAGUGCAGUACCGGCUGAAGAAUUAAGGCGGCAUUACAUCGAACGUUGUAUUGAUGAUUUACUUUUGGACUCAGUGUUUGUACUUCCGGCAUUAAAACAUAUGCAACGACUAAUGACUUUAAUGCCAGAAUGUGAUUAUAGUACAGGCAGGAAAGUGACACGGGCGGAAUAUAUUGCCACCGUACAGCAAGAUACAGAGCUAUGCUCAAGGCUAUCGAAAAAUGUUGCUCUAUACAUGGAAAAAGUGCGAAAUACCGUGAAAAUAUUUGCAGUGCUUCAUUUAUAUCGUGCAUUGUUUGUUGGUCGUUACACUCAUGGCGAUAAUUUACGAAUUCGGCUGAGCUUUCUGCAUUUUCUUCUUUCUGAUGGACAACUUUGGCUUAUGACACCACAGGCGAAUGAAUUAUGGGAUGCUCUUAUCGUCCGAUCAGUGUUUGACUAUGAGCGUACAUAUGGUUUCCAGUUGUUUGGUACAAUGCAAGAUCAGGAGGAUAUCGAUCCAAAAGCACUUGAUCAACUUUUUACAUCUCGGAUCCUGAAACUUCCAGUUGAAAUGCUAAACGAAGAAGGUUUUUCAUGUUUCAAAACCUUUUGGACUUCGGUAAAUAAAAGGCACAGUAAGCUAUUUCAACCCACUGAAGGAAUAUCACAUUAUUUGAUGUGUGAUUUUGAUCUUGAGGGAAUGGAUUAUUUAUGGGAAAUAAUGUUGCAAGGCCGUGCCGAAGUAUCACAUUUGGCAAUUUCCUUAUGGGUCGAAAUUUUGGCAAAUCCUCAUACAGCAAUGAUCUCUGAUUUUGCUCAUUUGAUUCAAACAGUUGUUAGUAAAUGUUUCGUAAUGCUGAAAACGAAGCACGAUGAUCUCAUCAAAGGUGAUGAUAGUGAUGAAAAAAAAAUGAAAAUGCUUGAUCGGAUGGGUAGAAUCUUAACGGCUCUCAAUUCUUAUAUUUGUGUAUUUGACGAUGAUUACUACACACCCGAAAGAUCUCAGCAGCCACUUCGUAAGGCGGGCUUAGGACGAUGCUUUGUAUUACCAGUUGUUUUUCCUGAUGAAAAACUGCCGAAUGGCAUCGACACGAACUCAUCAGCAAUACAAGACGAGGAUCAUGGUAUCCCAGUUCACUCCACUAUGCCACUUUCAGCAAUGAAAGUCAAGGUUGAUGAUAAAUUACGGUAUAUGGAUGGCUGCAGCAUUGCUGGAUUGCUUGUACCAGUACAGUUAACUGUUCAGUCCCUUAAUCCACCAGAAACGAGAACAUUGCAUCCGUCUGAUCGUCGUAAAACACUUGAUGAAUUAGGAAUAGAUUCCAGUGCUCAUAUUAUAAUUCGUUUUCAAAACCAUCCAUGUACAUGGAAUAAUCGGUUAGCUAGCACUGAUUCGAGUCCUGACCAAACAUUUACUUGCUGGAAUGAAGGUACAACGGCUGGUAAUGAAGAAAAUGAGCGUAUUUUGCCAGGCUGCGUAAUAGCCGCAAAUCCUGAUCAUGUUCGAUUCCUCUAUACCUUGGCUGACAUUGGUUAUGCAUAUGGAAAUAAUUAUUUGAGGAAAUCUGCCACUGAUGUCUUAAAUCAAAUACCACCGGACACGAUGUCAAUAACGAUGCUACGGGAAUUAGUGGAAUCAGGACGAUUGUUUGAUUUGUUACCAUCCGAAUCAUCUAACCAUGUCUUACAUCUUUUACGCGUGCUGCAUUCUUUACUUUUGCCCUGCAAUGGACAUUUCAUGACUGAGGCUACGGAAUUCCAGAUUUGUUUCCUUACAUCACCGAGUUGUUUGGCAGUGUUUUCGUUUCUGGGAGACCCUCAGAUUUUAUGUCGAUGGGAUGAAUAUGCGUGCACAGCAAUUGUUUGGUGGUUAGCAAAUAUAGCGAAAUUUGUUCUCUUCGUGGCGGCACGCCUCAAAUAUUUGAGGACCACCGAUGGGAAUGGAAAUGGAUAUUUUGAAACGGGUCGAGUUAUUGAUCGUGAACAGGCAAUUUUUAAAGAGCUUUGUUGUGUAGUUGCAUGUGAUUUCAACAAUCGUAUCGAAGAGAAUCCUGAAAUCAUUGAAACAAUUUUUCAAUUAUUUACCCCAGACAGCAAUCGGAUUGAAUGUCUCCUACGGCUUGCGUGGGCAGUUGGUUCACGGAGUAUACCGUUACGUCUCAUCUCAGGUGGUUUAGCAAAGGAUUCAUCUGCUGAGACGAUCCGGCAAUCACAACUUGCAGCUUUCAUGCUGGAAGAACCAACGGAAUGCUUAUUGGAUGCAUUUGCGAUAGAGGUCGUUAGUGGCGAUGCAACAUCAGAAGUCCUUAGAAUCAUUCAUUUAUGGAAUCUUCUUGUAUCCGAUUUAUUGUUUUGCAAAAGUUUAGUAAUCCGGCGCUAUUUCUCAGCUUUAAUUCGACGAAUGGUUUGUCGUAUAGGUUCGGCCGAGCGACAACUUGCAUUAGCACUGUUGCAAUUACUUUUCAACAAACUGGAAGAAAGCGAUGAAAAACUAAUAAAAAACGCAGAAUUUUUUAUUUUAUUGUGCAACUUGUUGGAUCACUGCAGAAAUAAUCAAAUCUACGUUGAUGAUAUAAUGCAACAGACAGAAAGGGUCUUGGAUUGGUUAGAUCGCGCGAAGCAGCACACUAUUGCAAAUCAGGAAAGUUACCCUGAUGAUAAGUCACUAAUUGGACGACUUGAUGUGUGUCGUAGUUUAUUGGGGUUUCUUACAAACGAAGAGAAAGUUGUGAUUGGUUCGGAACCUAAUGGUACACAGCUUGUCAAGCAGUUGUUGGACGAGUUCAUUUUGCCAUCUUCACGGACUUACGUUAAUUUAAUGCGGCAAAGAGAUAACGAUAGCGAAGUUCAUAUACAACGUUCAGUAACACAUUCAGCAAUCUCGAGAGGUGUAGACGAAUCAGAUAAGGCCAUGCCACGCUCAGAAACAAUGGGACCACUGCUUUCUUCGCGUUCCAUUCCAGUAUGUGGCACCAGUGAAAGUGCCAAAGCAGCAUACAGUCUGCUUAUUGCGCUUUGUGACGCAACACCGCUAAACUAUCGAUGCAUAGUUGAAAGUCUUCUCGAGCUUUUCUACUCAGAGCCAGUUCCCACUACGAAUAUUGAAUGGGAAUAUAUGCCGGGGUAUUCCAUUCGUUCACCUAAUAGUUAUGUUGGAUUGAAGAAUGGUGGAGCUACUUGUUACAUGAAUUCUGUAUUCCAACAGAUAUUCAUGAUUGAACCACUUCGUAACGUCGUUAUCAAUGCGAACUUUACGGAUGAUAUGAGUGUCGAAGAAAUGGUUGCAAAUGAGUACAAUGUUUCGGAGGAGCACUAUCAUUCAACAAUUUUGAAAGCAGUACAAUCAAUUUUUGCACAUCUACUUGGCUCUGAAAUGCAAUUCUACUCUCCAAAAUUCUUUUGGAAGCAUUUUCGAUUCUACGGGCAAACAGUGAAUGUACGAGAGCAGCAGGAUGCCUUAGAAUUUUACAACGCUCUUUUUGAUUCUAUAGAUGAAGGCCUUAAGAAGUUGGGUGAACCCCCAAUUUGCGAGAAUUUAUUUGGCGGAACGUUUGCUGAUCAGAAGAUUUGUAAGGACUGUCCGCACAGAUAUCAACGCGAAGAACCGUUUACAUCAAUAUCAGUUGAUGUGCGAUCUCAUAAUAAUCUUCUCGAUUCCCUUAAAGAAUAUGUAAAAGGGGAUUUAUUGAACAACGAUAAUGCAUAUCUUUGUGAAGAGUGUAAUAAAAAAGUAACAGCAGUGAAACGAUUAUGUGUUGCUAGAUUACCACCGUAUUUGACGAUACAACUGAAAAGAUUUGAUUUCGAUUGGGAACGUGACUCAUCACAAAAAUACAACGAUUAUUUCGAAUUUCCGAUUGAUCUUGAUAUGAUGCCCUUUACUGUUCAUGGAUUAGCUCAAACCGAAGGAGAAAUUUCGAAAGAGGAGUUAACUCAUUCGUCAGUAACUGAUAGCGGCCGAGGCACAUCUGAAAGAGCAUCACCGGAGAUAAACGAUGUUUGUGGUGCUACUGGUACCUCCAUAUCGGAAGUUAAGCUGGAUGAUAAUAAUACGAAAUACAGCUUGCGUGGAGUGAUCGUACAUUCUGGACAAGCGAACGGUGGUCAUUAUUACUCAUUCAUUCGUUCCGAAGAAGAUGGUGGUCGUUGGUUCAAAUUCGAUGAUGUUGACGUUACGGAAUGGCGUUUGAGCAAAGAGGAAAUGCAAAAUAUGUGGUUUGGUGGUGAGUACAUUGCUGAAGGGUUUGAGAACAGCAGCCAUUAUCAGAAAAAACGACAGAAGCGCUGGUGGAAUGCUUAUUUACUCAUAUACGAAAAGGCUGCAACAGCUGUUGCUUCUGUAGCAUCAUCAUCAGCGGAACUAACGACUUCUUCUUCCACGCAGCCAUCACAUUCGUCUUCCAAUAGCCCGUUUAGUCUGGAUAAGAAAAUAAGUGCUAUGUCUAUCAGCACACGUAUCCGACAGAUGCCUCCAAAAUUGGAAGCUUUGGUUCGCGGAAAAAACACUUAUGCAAUGCAUGAACGUUCACAGUACACUCCGAAUUACUUCCAAUUCGUUCGGGAUUUAUGCUCACGAGCAGUCCAAAUGAUUAGUCGGAUAAAUGUUGAACUUCAGGAUGAUUAUUAUUUGUUAACGACAAAACUACUGAGCAAGUUUCUAUUUUCCACUGGUCUACGAGCAAAGAAAAUAUUACGUUGUGGCAAUGUGACAGAAUGGCAGAAAACUUAUGAAAUAUUAUUUACAUCGUCAGAGUCUUCGCGUGGAUGGUUUAUUUGUAAUAUUAUGUUUCAAUCUAAAAUGGUUGUUUUGUAUCUUCUUACCGCACCUUCAACUGAUGUGCGAUACUUUUUUACAAAUAUAUUUGUAACACUUUUGAAUGCAGCGGCACAUGAUUAUUCUGAUGUCAUUGAGCCAUAUAUGCGUAACAGUUUCGGAGACGUAAAUAUUAAUUGUUCUAACAUUGCCGUUGCAGGAGAUUGCCCUGACUUCAAAAUUGAAACCGUUUAUAAGGCGGGUGAUACGGUAUCUGAUAUGUUCAUUACUUUGUUACUUAUCAUUCCUCGUAACUACUUCACCGAAUUCAGCACUCAUCCUACCCAGUAUAUAGCUUUGUUCAAUCUUUAUGCUCUGUCGGGUUUAGAGCAAAAAAAACAACUAGUGCGAAAAGGUGCCUUGCAUGCAUUGUUGGUGCUCAUUUCGCGAGAUGAUUAUCAUAUCAAAGUGAUUUAUCAAGAUAGUUCAAAACUGUAUGAAGUUAUUUCAUUACUUCUCAGAAUUUGCAAAUUCGAAUGGCAAGGAGAGAAUGCUAAUUUGAAUCCAUAUGCUAUCACAACCGGUGGUCUUAUUCAGGCACCGGAAGAAGUUGCUCAGUGGAUGAAUGAGCUACUUUUUGUUAAUAGGUUGCUGAAGCAGUUGAUCGAAUUGCCUACUGAUCGUGCAGUUGCACUAGAUACGAUAUUGUACUUGUGCUGGGAGAAUCUUAAUUUUACGAAAAUUCUUCUGUAUCAUUUUUCGUUUGAGUGUCUAUUUACACCGAAUGAAGUAAAGAACGCGACAAUAAUCAUUGAAAACAUUCUUGAAAUUAAUGAUUCUGUACGGAUGGAGCGGCAGCGUUUGGUACUUUUAGGUUUUGAAAAUGGCCCACAAAAGUACAAAGGCUUUAUUGCAAUAAUGUUCGGCCAAAGGGAUAUCUACUCAUGGAAAGCAUAUCAUUUGUUGCGAACAUUAAUCGAUAUUGCUUCUGAUAACGAAGGGAUUGUUAAGAUUAUUGCGGAAGCUGAACAAGCUCGCAACAAUUUGUAUAGAAUGAAGGAUUGGUUUAAAUUGCAACUUGCUGCCAAUUCGGCUAAAUCGGACAUCUAUGAUUAUGAUAAUUUUCGUGAUGAUUUGGAUAAAUCGAAUGACACUGAAGGAAUGGAUAGUUUUAUUGAAAUCUAUGAAAAAUUUCAAGAUUUCCUUUCGAAACUCAAUGCUCCAUCCUCGGCUGUUUCAAACGGCGGUAGUUCUUCAAGCGAUGACGAUAAUUUUGCCAGGGACACUUUUUUUGGAGAUAUGCCGAGAGAUGUCCCAGGAGUUUCGAGUGAAAGAUGUCUAUCGUGUGCUUCCGAAGAACGUUCGAGAUCAGCGGAACAAUCUUCAGCAGAUUAUGGUAGAGCUGAAAUAUCCUCGAGUGUUGAUUCACCAAAAAAUGAUGCCUGUACUAUAGAAUCCAAGUUGUCUUUGAAAACAGGUACUUCUGAUGAAGCUUUAACUCUGGGCACAUCUAUGUCAUUCAGCGAAAGGCUUUUAGCUAAUGUUGGUCUACCACCUCCGCCACCGUAUUCAAAAUAUGAUUCAGCUGAUAUAGUUUCACAACAAUAUCCACAUGUUCAACAGCCAGUGUCAUCUGUAGGUACGCCGCAUUCCUGGCAAAUUUCACUAACUACUAAGAUAAAUCGUCCAGAAGAUGAUUCAUCAGUUGAAUCCACAUUAACGGGUGUUGAAAUGGAGGAUGCACCGCCACCAUAUGAAUAA